AGAGAGAGAGAGGUGCAAGCCGUACGCUUGGAAGGGGUACAAUAAUGGUGUAUUUGAUUAGAUCUGAGAUGGAGAUGCAGAAGGAGGAGGAGGAGGAGGAGGAGGAGGAGGAGAUGGAGAUGGAGAUGGACUGGGGAAAGCAUACCUUGAUUUCUAAUUCUAUGGAAGCUGCAAUAUACAGGGCAGCUAUAGCUGGAGACAUCGAUGGCCUGACAACAGCACUACAACAAGACCCCGAACUCAAUCUUCUCAACCAACUCACCCCGCGAGACGACACGAUUCUUCAUAUCGCCGCAAGACUAGGCCAUCACCAUCUAGCGGAACAUAUCCAAAGUUGCUGCCCAGACCUUUUCAAGAGCAAAAACUACAACAAUGAUCAUCCUCUUCAUCUUGCUGCUGCUGGUGGUCAUCUAUCUAUAGUCCAGUCUUUGAGCACUAUUGCUGGUGGUCAUCCAUCUGGGCGAGAAACUGAAGCAGAGCAGGAGGUUUUAAAUGUCAUAAACGGGAAAAAUAAACAAGGGAAUACUCCAUUGCAUAUGGCCGUAAAGGCUCAUCAAUACGAGGUGGCUGAGUUGUUGUUUAAGCGGCCUGGAAGUGCAUUAAUUUCAUGUUCUCUGAAUCUGGAAAAAAAGUCACCCUUGUAUAUGGCCGCCGAAGCAGGGCAUGAGGGGCUCUUUGAGCUUAUGAUGAAAUUCGUUGCUUCGAAUGUUGACGCUCAAAAUAUGCUCAAGGAUGGCCAACCACUCCUGCACGUUGCUAUUACAAGAAGGAACAUGGUUGUUCUUGGGAUAGCAUUGAAGUACGUGCCAUCUCUUAUGGAUGCACAUGACAGAAGAGGGAGGAGAUCUCUUUCGUAUGCCGCAUCCAGAGGUUAUGUUGAUGGGGUUUGCUACAUCCUGGAUAGAUUUAUCGGUUGCACAUACAAAAGAGACGGUAAUGGGUCUUAUCCCAUUCAUGAGGCAUCGAGCAAAGGUCAUAUUGAAGUUGUUAAGGAGUUUCUACAACGUUUUUCAGAUUCAAAAGAGUUGCUAAAUAGACAAGGACAAAAUAUUCUUCACGUUGCUGCUAAGAGUGGGAAAGCCAACAUUGUUAGUUAUAUACUUAAAGCCCCUGAGCUUGAGAUGCUUAUCAAUGACACAGACCAAGAUGGAAACACCCCAUUGCUUUUGGCCACAAAGAAAGCUCAUGUUGAGAUAGUGAGCAUUUUGACAUGGGACAAGAGAGUCAGAUUAGAGAUAAAGAAUGGCGAAGGCUUUACCGCUUUAGAUGCUGCUCUCAAUUACCGGGGGACCACUCGCUCAAUUCGCGAGCGGCUAACAUGGAUGGCCUUGAGAUAUGCUAGUGCACCACGAGGGCAGCCAAAGACCAUCAAAACGGAAAAGAAUUCAAAUAUGCUAUUCACAGCCUUGAAAGAAGAUAUUGCACCACGAGGGCAGCCAAAGACCAUUGAAACGGAAAAAAAUUCAACUCUCGAGGCCUACAAGGAUAGGAUUAACACUUUCCUGUUGGUGGCAACAAUUAUUAUCACUGUGACCUUUGCGGCUGGUAUCACUGUUCCAGGUGGAUAUGACGACUCUGAAACUCACAAGGGCAUGGCACUUAUGGUAAAAAAGUCUGCAUUUCAAGUAUUCGUGAUCGCUAAUGCUUUAGCUAUGUAUAGUUCCAUUAUUGUUGCUGUUUUGCUCAUAUGGGCACAGUUGGGAGAUCUUAAUCUCUAA